CACGUCGAGGCGUCGCUGGGUCAAACCAGAGGAGCGCUUCUCUUCUCUAGGAUGAGUUACACAAUUGUGUGUCCGUGCCGGCGCAGCGGGUUGGGAGGAGUGGCUGUGGCGCUGGCUGCCUGCUUUGCAUGAGUUGUGGACUCCCAAGUUAGUGGCUGCAGCGCAGAUAUUUCCUGUCAGCCGCACACAGCCGAGCUCGAGGGCGGAGGAGACGACGAAGAGAGGGAUGGCAGAGAACAGCUCCGAGACCAGCGGCUCCGUGCACCGGAGGUGUUUGACCCAUUCUCCGGCGGAGAGACACGUCUCGACCGGUGUCGGGGCGUCGAAGUGGAUCCGACUAAAUGUCGGGGGAACGUAUUUUUUAACAACGAGACAGACGCUGUGUCGAGAUCCCAAAUCAUUUCUGUACAGACUGAGCCAAGCUGACCCCGAGCUCGACUCCGACAAGGAUGAAACUGGUGCCUAUCUCAUAGACAGAGACCCCACAUACUUUGGGCCAGUGCUUAACUACUUGAGACAUGGCAAGCUGGUCCUCAACAGGGACUUGGCAGAGGAAGGUGUGCUAGAAGAGGCUGAAUUCUAUAACAUCACAUCAUUAAUAAAGCUCAUUAAGGACAAGAUCAGGGAUCGCGACUGUAAAACUUCACAGGUUCCAGUGAAGCAUGUUUACCGUGUGCUGCAGUGCCAGGAGGAGGAGCUGACACAGAUGGUGUCUACCAUGUCUGACGGCUGGAAGUUUGAACAGCUUGUCAGUAUAGGUUACGGGCGGGCCCACCAGUCAGAGUUUCUGCUGAUUGUGUCAAGGGAGGUGAAGGGAGAGGAGUCUGCUUUGCCAAACAACAGCAACAGUGGAGAGCUGGUCAGCAUAGGCUCCUCUUACAACUACGGAAACGAAGACCAAGCCGAGUUCCUGUGUGUAGUCUCCAAGGAGCUGCACAAUCAAUCAUAUGGGACAAACAGUGAGCCCAGUGAGAAGGCAAAGAUCCUUCAGGAGAGGGGUUCCCGGAUGUGAAGAGGACUCAGUAUUAUGAGCUCCAGGUGUUAUGAUGCUAACAUAUCAUCUUUGUGGAAGAAGGUUUGGCACAAUGGAGAUUUUAAAGGAGCGGUGUGCAUUCAUUUUGUGUUUUUCUCUCCAUUUUUGUUUUUUAUUUCUUGAUGUAAAUAAGUCUGUUUACUGACAAUUUGUGCCUGUACAUUUAAACUGGACCUUUUUUGAAUUUGCGGCAAGUUUUUGUUUUCUUUUUAGAAUUGAGAAUAAGGAAUUGCAAUCUACAAAUGUUUUACGCCAUAGAAUAUGGCCAUCAUCAUAUAAGGCCAAUGAUUCACUCAGGGUCAUCUAUUAAGUUCAUUCUUAAAUCCUCCAAGUCAAGGGUCCUAAGGGAUCAUCCAGUAUGGUCUUCAUCACUCAAAAUCAUUGUUUAGAAAUGUUAAGAAGGGAAUUGUGUUUAUUUAGCACAUGGUCAAGGUUUAAGCUAUUAAAUGUUAAAUUCACCCCAAAAACAAAUCGAUAAAAUGUUUUCCCAAAAAUGUCAAACAGUUAUGCUGAGAUUUGUGAUCAUGAGGAUCCUAACUGAACAACACACACAUUUUCAGAUGCAUUGGAAACAUUUUACUUUUCUGUCAAAAAAGGAACAAUAAUAUUCUCAGACCAGGAUAAAAACUGUGAACAGUAUCAGUGACCUGACACUGUAGGUAAAGGGGCAUUACGGUCAAUUAAUAACAGAACUAUAAAAGCCCCAUUUUCACAGAACAAAUAAAAUGACUUUAGAGAGAUCAGUAUAUCUGCCUAAAAUGGCGACUUUAUUUUAUUUUUUUAUUGCUUAAAAAGUCAAAUUGUGUUGCUUGUGGCACCCUAGUAACACAAUUACCCAGAGGCCAAUGUGUGCUGUGGGAUUAAAUAAUUAUUUUCAGGAAGUCCACUUAAAAGUCUUUUUGUUAUUAUAUAGUUAAGUAUUGGAUACACAUGUAACCCAUUGUUCAUUCAAAAUGUUGUUUCAAAGUAAGAUGUCUGCUGCUCCUGCAAAUGUGGGCUUUGUGGUGUAAAGAAGUAAAUUCGUACAAAUUGAUAUCCCUUUUUUUCUGAAUUCCUCAUGUUCAUAAGUCUAAAGUUAACUGCCAAAAUAGUCAAAGGUGUUUUACAUUUGAAUUCUGUUUUACAGUGACAUUAUUUUUAAACAUCAUUGUCCUGUUUCUUGUUGGGACAAACCUCCGUGAGACGAAAGGAACAAAAAAGACGUUUUCUUGACAAAUUUGUGUAUGUUUGAGGGAACAUCUUGUUGGAUUAAGUUUUUUUUGGGGGCAGUGGUGAAGGACUUUCUUUUCAUACCCAUUUUGCAUUGAUGUAAAUAAUCCAAAUUCAAUAUUAAUAUUUAACUCUUUAAAAAAAAAAAAAACUGCACGUUUUGUACACUGUAGAGAAAACACAACUUGGAAAGGAAGUUGUUUAUACUGGAUCUUUAAAAACCAGAUGAUUUUAACAAUGCUAACUUCUGUUUUGCAUUGUUUGUACAGGACUCUAGAGAUUUCCGAGUGAGGAUUGAAACAGCUGAUGCUGAACAUGGUGUCUUUCACUGAGAACAUGCCUGGAACAUGUUUUGAUAACCAAUAACAAAGCUAUACUUGGCUGUCUAUGAAGUUGACUGUUACAUUUAAAAACAAAUGUAUUUUUUCCUGCAUUGUGAUAGAUUCUUCUAAGCAUUUUGACUUGAGUAGAUUUCAUACACAGCAUUACAAGCACUGCAGUGGAAAACAGCACUGUGCACAUUGCUUACAAGCCUGUAAUGUUGAUCAUGUAAAUACUGCAUUUUAAAACACUACUUUUUCUGUUUAUUUUUUUUAUAGAAAGUUGUUUUCAGGUUUGAUGUGUGGUUUUGAUAGGUUGGAUAUUUCAUUCACAAAUAAUCAUUUAGUGUUGCCUUUUCCCCCAAUGACCAAAAUCCAAUGUCUUAUAUGUAUUGUACAUGUUGAUCUUGGUGUCAGGGAUGAGUAAACAUUUCUUAAUGCUGGCACACUUUGUACAUAUAGACUUCUUAACGACUACACAAACCUCCAUUUACUCACAUGUACACGUAUACACUUGAUUAAAACAAUUUUUAUAUUGUCGCAAAAAAUACAAGUAUGAAUGCAUGUUUUUGAUAUAGCUAUACACGUAUACACACAAACACACACAAGGGCUUUUAAAGUGCAACAUUUUACAUCUGCCAAGAGGUUCAAUCAAAGUAGACUGGAUUUCCUGCCAGAGCUAGGCUAUGUUUACAUUUGCGCUAGUAUUCUCAAGCCUUCCAAUUAUGUACUGUCUUGCACUUCCUCACACACAUUAACGUGACUGCACCAAUGGCAACUAGCACUCCCCACUCCACAUGAACUGAUAUUCACACAGAUGUGCUGACUGAUAAGUUACUCUAUACGCUUCUCACAGCGUAUUGAGCGUUGCAGACAAUCGUGCUUUCCACCCGCUCUGAUGGCAGAGAUGCUCACUUUUAAUAGGCUGAAUUUUGAGACUUUCUUUUCUGCAAUGAGAUUUAAAAUGUUUUGCAUUUGGUUUGCUUGGUUCAGUUGUAACUUCAUUUGAUAUACUCUGGUCUGAGGUGUGUAACCACCCCCCCCCCCUCCCUACUUUAGCAGCUACCUUUUUAAUGCCCUUUACAAACGGGUCGUCUGGUUGAGCAUUUGGCAUCAAUUAUCAUUUCAUGUCAUGGACAAACUUAUCAAAUCUGUAGCCUAAUACUUAUAAGUGCCCAGUUUGUUUUGCAUUCGAGAAUCAUAAGCCACAGACACUGUAGUGCAUGAUUGAAGAUGCUCACUCUUGUAUGAGGGAAUGAAUGUGUCAAUUUUCCUCAAUCUAGCAAUUACAUCAAUGAAUACGGUUCUCAUAUCACCACAUAGAUCACUAUUCUAUCUGAUCUUAUGCAAUGUUAAACAAGUGCAAACUGAGUGUGAGGUUAAGGGGAUAUAUCUAUAGGGUCUUGCAAAGGGUAAACCCAAUAAAAAUGUUGUCAUUCAUAAA